GCUCCAGUGUUUCCCAUCCCAGUACUGACCUAAUUUGGAUCUACUGAGUAUUUAGAGGGCUCUGAAAAGAGAUAUGCAUUGAUGAAAUUAGCUACAAAGGCUUGUGGGCCUUUUUUCUAUCUGAAAUCGUGUCUUCAAAUUACUGGAAGUUGCUGAUCAAAAUUGUGGGCUCUUGAAUUCAUUCUCUGAUUACAGAUAUUUUAAAUAAGCUGGUUUCUAUAAGAACUUCAAGAAAAACCAUUUUAGCUGCUUAACUGGCACCUUUCUCAGGAAGUAAUAACACCAAAUAUUGCUGAUUCCUAGGAAAACAUUUACUACUUGUAAAGAAUUUCCUGAGUUAAAGUAGUUAUAACAGUUUAUAUACAUUAAAAGUAAGGUUUUAGUUUAAAAAAAAAAAGUCUUGGGAAUAAUAGCUACCAUGUAUUGAGUCCUUUCCAGGCACUAUUGUAUGUACUUUAUAUACUUUAUCACAUUUAAUCCUCCUGUCAAUGCUUUGAGGUAGGUAUGAUUCCCAUUUUAUAUAUGAGUAAUAAAAAAAGCUCAAGGAGUUUAAUCAUUUAUCAAGGGUUUCUUCUGCGAAUGAUAGAGCCAGGCUGCGCCGUCGGCUCCUCUAGCCUAACGUUGGUUUACAAUAUUCAAAAAGAGUUGAUUGAAUUCAAGGUUUUUUUUCCAUGUAAAGCUAUUUAUAUCUUCCAAGCCUAAUGAAAUGGAUAUUAUAAAAAUACAGUUGAUUCAUCCUAUGUUUGGGAAGAGUAUUUUUAGUGUAAUUAUUUUCCAGCAAUUGUAAGGGCAUACUGCUUGUCUCAGAAGAAAAUUCCACAUAGAGGGGCUUUAAAGUCUUUAUGGAAAAAAAGGAAAAUAAAAAUCAUUUUUCUUGUUUUAGUUUUCUGGAUAUGCCGCAGAAGGAUCCAUGCCAGAAGCAAGCCUGUGAGAUACAGAAAUGUUUACAAGCCAACAGCUACAUGGAAUCAAAGUGUCAGGCUGUCAUCCAAGAACUGCGUAAGUGUUGUGCUCAGUAUCCCAAGGGAAGAUCUGUCGUCUGUUCAGGAUUUGAAAAAGAAGAAGAAGAAAACCUAACACUGAAGUCUGCAUCAAAGUAAAGUUCUGCUGAAGUGCUGCUCCAUGUUUCCACCAAAUGAAUUUUUUUUUAUCCUCCUGACUUUCUUCAGGCCAGGUAGCAGCAAAUAGCAAAUGAAAAAGUCAGCUAGAAAAGUUAAUGAAUAUGCCAUCUAUGCAGAACAGGCAGAAAUAUAAACACAUUAAAAGACAAAUAUGUAGAAUGUAAUAUACUGAGCUGCUAAAAUAAACCUGUUUAAGAGAAAAA